AUGGGCACCCAACAAGCUAGUUUGAGUGUUCUUAUGCUUCCAUGGUUGGCUCACGGUCACAUCUCUCCCUUUCUAGAGCUAGCCAAAAAACUAGCAGAGAGAAACUUCUAUUUAUCCCUUUGCUCUACACCUAUAAAUCAUAGUUCCAUCAAAGAAAGAAUCACCCACAAGUACUCUCUCUUCAUACAACUAGUUGAACUCCAUUUGCCAGAUUCUCCUGACCUUCCUCCUCAUUACCACACCAACAAUGGCCUCCCAGCACAUCUUGCGUCUACACUCAAAGAUGCUUUUGAGAUGGCAAGCCAUAACUUCGACAACAUCGUCAAGACCUUAAAACCUGACCUGCUUAUAUAUGACUUUAAUCAACAAUGGGCAGCAGCCAUAGCUUCCUCUCACAAUGUCCCGGCUGUUCAGUUUCUUACUAAUGGAGCAGCGACAACUUCUUUUCUCCUUAACAUGCUGAAGAUGGGUGGCGAAAAAUUCCCAUUCCAGGAAAUUCAUCUUCGUGGGUAUGAAAGCCUCAUGAUUCGGGAUGCGGUCUCCACUCCUGAGGAUCAUGUUAAAGAUAAGUAUCGUUUCCUAGAAGCUCUUGAACGAUCAUGUGACAUCGUUCUGAUAAAAAUUUUGAGAGAAAUUGAGGGAAAAUAUAUUGAUUAUCUAUCGGUUUUAGCUGAGAAGAAGCUUGUUCCCCUUGGUCCACUUGUUGAAGACCCUGUUAGUCAAGAUGAGCAUAAGGACAUCAUGCAAUGGCUAGAUAAAAAGAACAAAUAUUCAACAGUGUUUGUUUCUUUUGGCAGGGAGAAAAUUAGGGUUGAAGAUGCACUACCAGAAGGAUUUUUUGGGAGGGUAGGAGAGAGGGGAUGGGUGGUGGAAGGAUGGGCCCCACAGGUUAAAAUCAUUGGGCAUCAUGGUACAGGUGGCUUUGUAAGCCAUUGUGGGUGGAGUUCUGUAAUGGAAAGCAUGAAGUUUGGUGUUCCAAUUAUAGCAAUACCCAUGCAUAUUGACCAGCCAUUGAAUUCUAGAGUGGCGGAGGAGGUUGGUGUUGGUGUGGAGGUUGUGAGAGACAAUAAUGGAAAGCUCCACAGAGAAGAGAUUGCACAAGUUAUAAGAAAGGUGGUUGUGGAGGAAAACGGGGAGGGUGUGAGGAGGAAAGCACGGGAAAUGAGUGAGAAAUUUAAAAUGAAAGGAGAAGAAGGGAUUGAAGUGGUGGUGGAGGAGCUGCUAAAGCUUUGCAAGAAGAAGAAUUCGGGUUUCCAUUGA